AUGGCAAGAAGGGGGAAAAGCGUAAAAAAGAAAGGGAGAGGGGAUGGGCCAGAUGCACCUCGCUGGGCCAUGGACGAGCUCAACUCGAUCUCCGGCGCCGAAGCAGCAGGGAUCGCGCCGAUCGAAGUUCGCCGUCGUCAAGUCGACCCAUCUCUUUUCCAGAAUCUGAUCGCCCCCUUCUCUCAACGAGGCGAUCCUCUUCGGGUCUGCGAUGUGCAACCGAUUCCCGCCACUAUUGCGAGUUUUCUUUUUCGUUCCCUUCCCCCUGGAAUCUGCAAUUGUGCUGCUGGCUCGUGUCCUCCGAACGGGCAGCCGCCGCUGGGUGGCCCCUACUACUGUACAGGAUGUACUACUGGCUUGUCUGCCUACUUACCUAUUCUUCCGUCCCGCGCGACGGGACCCAGAAUCCCGGAAAAUAGACAGACCUACUUCCAGCAACCCCAUUCGGUUCGGGAGGAAAGAAACACUCGAAACUUGUCGAUCUGUCACGACAGGGCGAGCCAGUACCAGAGAAGCGGUCUUGAGCUAAGUUGA